CCUGACAACUGGCAACUGGCAACGAGACUGUAUGCGUUACCAGUGCAACAACAGCACGGAUCUCGAUCGCCUGGCUCCUUGCCUCCAAAGGCUCACAAUCCAACAAAGACAACAACUCAAACUGUCAAACCAACCACAAGAACAAUCACAAACUAUCUAAUACCAGCAUGAAACUAGCUUCUGCCUUUUCUGCCGGGUGUCUCACAUUUUCCGCUGUGCAAGCUUUCCCCAACACAAGCUUUGCACGAGCAAAGCCAAGCUUUGUUACUGUUCUUCAAGUUACCCAAAAUGCACCGCCUUUGUUGGAGACAUCUGAAGAAAGCAACCGAGGUUUCUUUGGGAAGAUCUUCCACAGAAACACAAAAUUGGAAAAGCAACUCAAAGUCAAGGCCCAGGAAAUCAAGGCCAAAGCAACAGACCAUCUCAUUAGGUUGGAAGAAAACUUGGAACAGGCAAUCCAACAAGAAACCAAUGACAUCAUCAACUGCGUUGCCCUGGACGUUCUUACCCUGGUUGAGGGUCAUUGGGACUUUUCUAUUGCCACAACCAAUCAAGCUGACACCAAGUCCAUCAUGGAGGGAAGAAUCAAUGACAUUGCAAAUGAUCUCAUUGAGAUGGGCAUGACGGGUGACGAGAAUAGAGGCGAUAUCCAAGAAGAGUUGCGCAACAGUCGACUCAAGAUCAAGCAAACGUUUGAUGGAUCUGUAGAUUACCCCCUUCGAAUUCAACAGGAAGUAUUCCUUGGACAAAGACGUGUCAUCCAAGUGUUUGGCCAACUCCAGUUUGAUCUCCUUGAUCGCAAUGUAGUCUACUCUGUAGAUGAACUUGUUGUUCUUGGAACAACUGUAGACUUGGAUGAAAUCAUUAUGAUCGCGGCACCUGAGGAGGAGAAAGUCAAUUUGACGGCAGUAAAGACAGAAAAUCACGAUGAAGCUGCAAAAGAAGCACUCAUGCAAGAAAUCUCGUCCACUUUGGAAACUGAAGGAGCUGUUAGACGUGAAGCAGAGUUGGAUGCUGAGGAAGUUUUUGAAUGUCUUUACUGCUGAGGAACCAAUCACAACACAAAAGAUUUUGAAACUAUAGAUAGCACAAAAUUGAAUAGAAAAGAUAUACCGUGCUAGACUAGAGAAUCGAUGAAAUGAAAACUAACAUCUACUAAUCAAACGACAGUCCAGGAUCUUUCAGCCAUCGCUGCAAUGCAAUCCUGGAGUCACAUUGUCAUGUUGUGGUCUGUAAAAGGCGCAUUGCCCACCGCUUGAUGCUCACGACGGGGUUAGACCUGCUGGAAUUCAAAACUGUAAAUAAUGUGGACUACAGUGUCAUGUGGUAGGAC